UGAUAGAACGGGCCCUAGAAGUUACUUCUAACCUGUACCUUGUACUUCGCUCAAUGCGGUUCAAUCUUUCGAGAAAUUGAGUUAAAUGCAUGGAUCAAGAUGAAUAGAAUUUCAAAAUUAUUGAUUUUUGUAGAUGUUUUAAGCUUUUGAUUUUUUAAUUUACGUUUAUUUUAUAAUACACGCUUGUAAACUUAUAUUUUUCAUUCAGUCAUAAGAAUCAUUUAUUGAUCACGAAUAACGAGCAUAGUCACUGCAGAAAAUCAAGAAAAUGAAGCAAAUCAUAUGUGGCAAAUUCGGCCAUGGCAUUUUGCUGGUUUCCAAAACCUCCAAGCAUCCAAUAACAAUCAUUAGUACACGCAAGCUAAUGUCUGGAAAAUUCAGUAGAUAUUGUAGGCCAUUGCUAGCAACACCGCAGCCACGAUAUUUUGCAAAUCCGCAUCGUGGAUAUGCUAUGGUGGUAGCAAGGAUUUUAAGAGGAGCUUUAAAAAUACGAUAUCUUCUCUUAGGAGGUGCACUUGGUGGUGGUGUUACUUUGCAGAAGAAAUAUGAACAGUGGAAAGAAGCGUUACCAGAUUUGGGGUGGCUACAAAACAUGAUGCCCAAUGAAAAACAAUGGCAAGAUUUUCGUGAAUCUCUUAUGACAGUGAAGGAUAGUAUGGCUGAUAAAAUUGAAAUUGAUCCUCGUAUAAAGGAAUUUGGGCUAUCUAAAUAUCGUGAAUACAGAGUAUGGUUUGAUCAAAGACUGGAUGAUGCUAUUAAAGCAGCAGAAAAUCGACAGAAAGACUACCAAGAUAGUAAUUCAAUACAGAGUGCAUUUGAUACAAUUUCGAUGGUAGCUAAACAAGCUUACUCAGCAGAAACAAAUCAGUUGUCGAAAAAUAUGAUUGCCUUUGCACGCCCAAUGGCUAGCGAUAGUAAUACCGAGGAGGAACGUAAGAAAGCUCAAUCUUCGCAACAGAGAAUGAAUGCCAUGCAAGACGAGUUGAUGCAGAUGCAGCUGAAGUAUCAACGUGAAAUUGAAAGAUUGGAAAGAGAAAACAAAGAGUUACGCAAACAAAUACUCUUACGAGGAAAUCAGAAGUUUACCAACAAAAAGAUCAAAAAAUCAUUAAUUGACAUGUACAGCGAUGUCUUGGAUGAGCUGAAUGAUUAUGAUAGUGCUUAUUCUACCGCUGAUCAUCUACCUAGAGUAGUAGUCGUCGGUGACCAAAGUUCUGGUAAAACCUCCGUGCUGGAAAUGAUUGCUCAAGCAAGGAUAUUCCCAAGAGGCGGAGGUGAAAUGAUGACGAGAGCACCAGUCAAAGUCACCCUAAGCGAAGGUCCAUAUCACAUAGCACAGUUCAAAGAUAGCUCUAGAGAAUUCGACCUAACUAAAGAAUCAGAAUUAGCCGAGCUCAGACGGGAGGUGGAAUUGAGAAUGAAAAAUAGCGUUAAGAAUGGAAAGACAGUCAGUCCGGAUGUCAUUUCGAUGACUGUGAAGGGACCGGGUCUUCAACGUAUGGUUCUAGUCGAUCUACCUGGUAUUAUUAGUACAGUAACUGUUGAUAUGGCGGAAGACACUCGUGAGGCGAUUAAACAAAUGAGUCAGCAGUAUAUGAGCAAUCCUAACGCGAUCAUUCUUUGCAUACAAGACGGCUCCGUCGACGCAGAGAGGAGUAACGUGACCGAUCUUGUAGCUCAAAUGGAUCCAUCGGGGAAAAGAACAAUCUUUGUUUUGACAAAGGUUGACAUGGCGGAAGAAAAUUUAACUAAUCCUGACAGAUUGCGUAAAAUUUUAUCCGGUAAAUUGUUUCCGAUGAAAGCAUUAGGCUAUUUCGCCGUAGUUACCGGUCGUGGCAGGCAAGAUGACAGCAUACAAACGAUCAAAGAUUACGAAGAAAAGUUUUUCAGGAAUUCAAAACUCUUCAAAGAUGGUUUAGCUAUGUCGGGUCAAGUGACUACCAAAAACUUGAGCUUGGCAGUUGCCGAAUGCUUUUGGAAAAUGGUCCGUGAAACAGUGGAGCAGCAAGCAGAUGCAUUUAAGGCUACGAGAUUUAAUUUGGAAACAGAAUGGAAGAAUAAUUUCCCAAGGUUAAGAGAAUUAGACAGAGACGAGCUGUUCGAAAAAGCACGAGGUGAAAUUUUAGACGAGAUCGUCAACUUGUCGCAAGUGUCGCCGCGGCACUGGGAAGAAGUGUUGAUGACUCGAAAUUGGGAAAAAGUCAGCAUGCAUGUUUUCGAAAAUAUUUAUCUGCCUGCUGCUCAAAGUGGAAAUCCAAAUACAUUCAACACCACUGUCGACAUCAAGCUUAGGAAUUGGGCUGAACAGCAACUACCUGCGCGUAGUGUCGAGAGCGGAUGGGAAUGUUUACAACAGGAAUUCCAGAAUUUCAUGGCGCAAGCUCGGCUCAGCCCGGAUCAUGAUGAUAUCUUCGACAAUCUCAAGAACGCUGUUGUGAACGAAGCAAUGCGGCGUCACUCGUGGGAAGAGAAGGCAUCGGAAAUGCUGCGUGUUAUUCAACUUAACAUUUUGGAAGACAGAAGUGUAAACGACAAACGUGAAUGGGAUCAGGCAGUUCGAUUUCUAGAAACAUCCGUUAAGGACAAACUGCAAAGUACAGAACAAAUUCUGCGUGAUAUGCUGGGUCCUAAUCGCAAAGAUCGGUGGCUCUAUUGGCAAAAUCAAACUGAGGAACAACAGAAACGUACAGCGGUUAAGAAUGAAUUAGAUAAAAUUCUUUACGCCGACAAGAAACACGCACCAACUCUGACGCACGAUGAACUUACGGCUGUUAGGAAAAAUUUACAACGGAAUGGAUUAGAAAUCGAUAAUGAAUUUAUUCGAGAAACAUGGCAUCCUGUAUACAGGAGAUUUUUCUUGCAACAGAGUUUAGCGAGAGUGUACGAUUGUAGGAAAGGAUAUUAUCUAUAUCACACAGGGCACGAAAAUGAAAUGGAAUGUAACGAUGUGGUGCUUUUCUGGCGAAUACAACAAAUGCUGAAAGUCACUGCAAAUGCGCUGCGGCAGCAAAUUAUGAACAGAGAAGCUCGAAGAUUAGACAAAGAAAUUAAGGAAGUUCUCGAGGACUAUAGUCAAGAUAGCGAAAUCAAGGCAAAAUUACUUACAGGCAGACGAGUCACAUUAGCUGAGGAACUAAAACGAGUUAGACAAAUUCAAGAAAAAUUAGAAGAAUUUAUCCAAGCAUUAAAUAAAGAGAAAUGAACGUGAUGUAUAUUAAGCAUCAGAUUGUGCAUACAGAGCGAUUGAAUUAUCGUUGCUGAAUAAUCGGAUGAUUCUAUACUUGAGAAAUUGAUAUAUUCAGGACUGUAAGUAUAUAUAUAUAUAUACACGUUGCGCAUA